CAUCUUCUCUUUAUAAACCUGAAGGCGAGCAGAGCUGCAUCAAAGGAUGGACACAGAGAUGAUGAAGCCAACCGUGUUGUUGCUGCUGGCCCUGAUGGCUCUGUCUUCAGCCAGUCCUCUGGACAUCAGGAGCAACACAAAAAAGAGACAGGAAUCAGAUCGAAAUGACAGUCCCAAAGCCACAGUGAACUCAUCAGUGGAAAUGGAUCCUCAUCUUGUAACUGUGGCUACGUUCAGACAGCGGAGGCUGGUCAGACAGCAGAGGCUGGUUCAAUCCUCCGCCAGCAUGCCAGAAGGAGGCUCUUUCCUGGAAUGGGUGACCUGGAACAACUCUCUCCCAAACGAUUCAGUUUCCAUUUACAAUCAUUAUGUUAAUCGUACUGAUUAUGUCUGCAAAUACAAGUGUCACGCUGGUUUUUAUACCCCUAGUGAGGGUACUUAUUGCCACUAUGCCGACGCAAAGAAAGAACAUACUGGUUUCCCGUUUGAGGUCCCGGUGAACAAAGACAACUUUGAGAUCCUGGAGUGGAAGGAUGAUUCAUAUGGUUCAGUGCCCAAGAAUUCAGUGAGAACCUGCCCUGGAGAGAACAUGUAUGUAGGGAAGAACAAAUAUGGACUUGGUGAGGUUGAUACUCAAAAUAAGGCCUUCUACUUGCCUUGGAAGGGUUCUGAAUAUUGGUACAAUUACUACCAGGUCCUGACCAUCAGUGACAAUAUAGUCAGCCAGCAGAUUGACAAUGUCACAUACAUCACUGAUGGAUCAGAAAUAAUAAAAUAUCCCCCAGAGAUCGUGCUUGAGUCCACCAUCAAGAACUUUGAAUGCCACCCAGUGCUGAGGACAGACACCCUCUCAAAGACGUAUCAGGUGACUCAAAGGUGGGACUUCAGUUUUUCUAUCACAGCUGGGGUUAAAACAACCUUCACAGUUGGCGUCCCCUUCAUUGCUGACGGAAAGAUUGAGGUCAGCCUCGAAACAACGUUCCAGUACUCCAUGGAAAACACUGUGACAGAAAGUAUCACUGAUACUGCUUCUGUGCAGCUCACAGUCCCUCCUAACACAUCCUGCUCUGUUAAUAUGAUGCGGGAUAAGAGCAAGCUUACCAUCCCGUUCACUGCACGCCUCAGACGUACCUAUGGUAACGGGGAGAUUUACACAAAGUCCAUCACUGGGACGUAUAGUGGUGUUCAGGUCAGAAAAGUUGAGGUGGUGCUUGAUAAAUGUGAACCUCUAGACAUCUCUAAUCCAUGUGCAUGAAAUGUAAAGUCCAACAUUAUGUUUGAAAUGAUUUAUCUGCAUGUUUUAUUAACUUCCACGUUUUAAUGAUGACGACACUUUGGCCAAAAGGCAAAUAAAAGCAGUCUCAUAAAUUGAACAUGAUUAUAGAUCUGUGCAUGUAACUUGAUAAAGUGUUGAACUAGAAUAAAAUGACAUGAUGGCAUUUUAAA